AUGAGUGAAGAAACAAAGUUACCGAUUGACGAGGUCAAGAGAAGUAUCAAGUCAGUUGAAUUAACAGAUGACCAGGCCACGAAGUUAGCUCAAUUAUUAUCUUCUAUUCCUAAUAUCUUGGGAAAAACAGAUAAACCAGAGUAUGACGAGAUAUUCGGGCACAGAAUCAAUACCGACGACAAGGAAUACGUCGAUAUACCUAAACGUAACGAGAUUUUGUUGAAAUUUUUAGCAGCAGAUGCUUACGAUUUAAGCUUGAGUACCGAACGUAUAAUCAAAACCUUGAACUGGAGACACAGAUUUCAGCCUUUGAGAGCAGCUUUUGAAGAAAAAUUCAAUAAAGAAUUAGACGAUUUGGGGGUUGUUACCAAUUUUCCCUCGGCAAAUGCUAAUCUUCAUAUAAUCACCUGGAAUCUUUACGGUAAUCUCAAGAAUCCCAAAAAUCUAUUUGAGAAAUUUGGUGGUAGUGUAAAUAAAGAUCUUCCAGGAAGUCAAUUUAUUCGGUGGAGAGUUGGAUUAAUGGAGAAAACUUUACAGUUGAUUGAUUUUCAAGAUUCAAAUAAUAAUAAGAUUGGACAGAUUCAUGAUUAUAACAACGUCUCCUUGUUUAAAAUUGACCCUGGGAUGAAACAUGCAACAAAGGAAGUUAUUGAGAUAUUUGGGAGCAACUAUCCCGAAUUGUUGAGCACCAAAUUUUUCAUCAAUGUUCCGCUCUUGAUGGGGUGGGUUUUCACUUUUUUCAAAACUAUUGGAGUUAUCAGUGCUGAAACUUUAAAGAAAUUUCAAGUUUUGAAUCAUGGUGAUUUAAGUGAGGUAUUGCCCAAACUGGAGUUGCCCGUGACGUAUUGUGGUCUGGAUAAGGAGAAGAAAAGUAUAUUUGAUUUGGAUGUUAGCAAGGAUAUCAAAUUGAGUGAAUACGGCCAGAUCAUGCUAAAGAAAAUCGGCGACGAGGAAAUUGAACAUAUCAAUGAUGAAGUGGAGUGA